UGUGUGUGUGUGUGUGUGUGUGUUGGGGCCCUAGAACAUGCUUGUGCCCCAGCCAAGCCCCUUAUCUCUCUUCCCUGCAGCUUCCAGAUAGCUGGACCCUUCUAAGCUUUGUCAGCUGACCUGGGGGUGGGAGGUAGGAUGAGGACACAAGAUGGAGGGACUUGGGCCUGGGGGUUUGUAUAAGCCUCUCAGAUGAGAAGGGGGAUGCCCAAAGACUGCUCUGUGAUUCUGCCAACUUUGCCCCCACCCAGUGCCAGGUCACCAGAUGGAAAGCGAAAAAGAAAGAACGGCCAAUGUUCCCUGAAAACCAGCAUGUCAGGGUAUAUCCCUAGUUACCUGGACAAAGACGAGCAGUGUGUCGUGUGUGGGGACAAGGCAACUGGUUAUCACUACCGCUGUAUCACUUGUGAGGGCUGCAAGGGCUUCUUUCGCCGCACAAUCCAGAAGAACCUCCAUCCCACCUAUUCCUGCAAAUAUGACAGCUGCUGUGUCAUUGACAAGAUCACCCGCAAUCAGUGCCAGCUGUGUCGUUUCAAGAAGUGCAUCGCCGUGGGCAUGGCCAUGGACUUGGUUCUAGACGACUCGAAGCGGGUAGCCAAGCGCAAGCUGAUUGAGCAGAACCGAGAGCGGCGGCGGAAGGAAGAGAUGAUUCGAUCACUGCAGCAGAGACCAGAGCCCACUCCCGAAGAGUGGGAUCUGAUCCAUGUUGCCACAGAGGCCCAUCGCAGCACCAAUGCCCAGGGCAGCCAUUGGAAGCAGAGGCGGAAAUUCCUGCCGGAUGACAUUGGCCAGUCACCCAUCGUCUCCAUGCCAGACGGAGACAAGGUGGACCUAGAGGCCUUCAGCGAGUUUACCAAGAUCAUUACCCCAGCCAUCACCCGUGUGGUGGACUUUGCCAAAAAACUGCCCAUGUUCUCCGAGGUGAGUGGCAGAUGGAAGACAGACAUGGUGUGGUGCUGGAGGGAAAACGAAGCUGCUGCACAGGGCACCUGGUCCCAGCAUGUGCUCAGCUGA